UUUAAGUACUUUGUAGCAAAUCGUGAAGCGACAAAUAACUCGAUAUCAUAGUUCUUCUUCUGACAUUUAAAAGCGAUUUCUCCGUCACGGUUUAUCACUGCCGGAAGUUCGUGAUAGCAAAUACGAAUUUCUUCCAAGUUAAAUGAAACAGAAAGAUUAGUUUGCCAACUAUUGUAUCAAAAUUUUUGAGAAACUGCUUUUGUUUCGUUUUGUUUUUAUAUUUAGUACAAAAAUGGGUAUCAAUCCAAUGAAAUGGAAAACCAGAAACAUAUUAUACUCUGGCAUAACGAUUCUUAUUUUCUAUGUACUUUUUAUGUAUAAAAGGAAGCAUCAAGUAAUAUUCGAGGGUACGAUACAUAAUUCAAAUCCUAUGCACAUUUGGGAAUUCGUGGCCGAUUUUAGUAACAUGAAGAAAUUAAAUCCGACUAUAGAAAAGUUUAAUGUCAUCGCAGAAAGUGGUAAUUACGAUCACUGGAAAUAUUCGGUCGAGUAUACGGAACGUUUGAGUCAUGUACCAAUUAUUCGAAAUAAAGCGACCGGACAUUAUGCUGUACGACAAGAUAACAAUGGUUAUUUGAUUACUUCGAAACAUUAUACGUGUUUUUUCUUCAAAUUCGGAUGCCUGGAGUCUAUCUCGCAAUUCAGAUUCGAUCGUGACGGUACUAACGACACCAAGUGUAUCGAAACAGUGCAAUACGAAUGCCCGAUCAUAUUUUCACCACUGUGCUAUAAAGAAGUUGUUUAUCAACGAGAGGAGAUCAUGAGAAGAUUGAAAUUAGAAUUCUCACUAACUAAAGCUAAAAGCAAUUAA